UGUAAAAAAACUAGGGCAUCAGAACAGAAUUCACGCCUCCCCCACGCCCUCCCCGUCUCCACGCCUCCACGCCCUUCCCGUCUGCCUUGCUCCCUCCGGCGACCAGCGCCUCGUCCCACCGCGCCCAUCUCCCUCUGCACUCUCCAGCGCCGCCGCGCCCUUCCUCUCCGACCUGUAUUCCCCUCCAGCGCUGCCGCGCCCAUCUCCCUCUGCACCCUCCCUUCUCUCUCUCACCUCUCUCUCUCCAACAACUACUUCAACUCCUCCCUCCCCGCCGCCGCCAUCUCCGUCUGCCGGAAUCUCGCCACCCUCGACCUCUCCCAGAAUCUGCUCGUGGGCCCCCUCCCGCCCUCCCUCUCCGACCUCCCUUUUCUCAGAGUGAAAUUAUGGCAGAUUACUGCCGGCAGCGUGACUUCAUGUUCUGCGAAUUCUGCGGGACAAUGCUCUCUUUCGGUACGCCCAAGUAUGCUCGAUGCCCCUUGUGCAAAUCCCAGAAGCGUCUCAAAGAGAUGAAGGGAAAAGUGAUCAGCUAUACAAUCAGUGCUGAGGAUUUGAGGAGGGAGUUAGGAGUGUCCACCCUCGAGGAUAUAGAAGAAGAGAGGGAACUAAAACAGAUGGAUUACAACGCAAAAUGCAAAGCUUGCCAGCACUUGGGCCUGGCUUACGUUGCUAGACAGGUAAACUGUCAGCUAUUAUAUUUAAGCACAUAUAACUAUCUGUUGGUGGUCUAUAUCGCUGUUCUAGUCCCAAUGUCUAUUUUAACAAGCUCUGCUCGCUGGCUUCUUCGUCUUAUUCAGAUUCGAUCAGCUGAUGAAGGACAGACAAUAUUCUAUUCCUGCCCCGUGUGCGCCCACAAGCAGACUGAGAACUCAUAAAGGAGGGAUCUUUGUAUGUAUCAAAACAGCUAUGUCAAUCCAUCCAUUUUCCAUUAAGAAAAGAAAAAGAAUAGGUUUGCUGCAUAAUAAUACGAUGAUUCCUGUCCAAUGUUGUAGGGGUGCGUUUGUAUUACUUUGGGUGAUGUAUUAGAUUGACGAAAUAUACGAUUGGGUAUUGGAAGGAUACAUGGUCGAAGAAGCUCGAAACUGUCCAGUUUAUCAAAACACAUUAUAUCUUUGUCUAA